UUGGAUUGGCAAACAGUUUCCCUCGCAAUGACCGCUCUGUGUCUGAAGCAGCUUGUGAUCCUUCUACUCCUCGUCCUGUCGGGCGUGGCAAGUGAGAAUCACAUACGAAUUAAGGUCAAGAAGAGUUCUCAUCUGAUGGUAAAAGUAAGCGAGAUUCUGUGCAAGGCUCGGAUCAAGGUACUGUUCGUGUACUUCGAGAACGUCAGUUCACACCAACACACGGGCCAGAUUCUGCAAGAGGUGACGAAAUGCAACAUAUCCUACAUUUCCCUAAGGAAUGAACUGACACCUCUGGAAGCCGUCAAGGAUGACGGAAUUCUCAUGUAUAUGACCAUGAUAAUCACCAACAUCUCGCAGCCCUUGGAACUGUCACUGAUUCACAAAAAAUCAGCCGCGAAGCAUCUGUCGCACGUAUUCCUCCUCGUCAGAGACGCCAAUACCGUUUCAGAUGCUUGGAUGCGAGCCAGUUUCCGGCAGUUCUGGAAAAUCUGGCUGCUGAACAUCGUCAUCCUGUACUGGCGGGAGAAGCGUCUGCAUGCGUACCGAUACAAUCCGUUUACGGACAAUUAUUUGAUUCCCGUAGAGCACGAACCGGACGGACUGCCGACAUUGGCGCAACUUUUUCCCAAAACCAUUCCCAACAUGCAGAGAAAGCCGCUAAGGAUGUGCAUCUACAAGGACGAUGUGCGGGCAAUCUUUUUUAAGCAGGGCAUCAUCCUUGGGACCGACGGACUUCUGGCAAGCUACUUGGCCGAGAGGCUAAACGCCACCAUGAUGAUUACCCGCCCACACUCCUACAACAACCACAACCUCAGCUCGGACAUCUGCUUCCUGGAGGUCGCCAAGGAGUACGUGGAUGUGGCCAUGAACAUCCGCUUUCUAGUGCCGGACACAUUCAAGAAGCUGGCCGAGAACACCGUGUCCCACAUGCGCGAUGAUCUCUGCGUGAUUGUUCCCAAGGGAAAAGCGGCCCCCACUUUCUGGAACAUAUUUCGAUCGUUUGGGCCAUUAGUCUGGGGCUUCAUUCUUGCCUCUGUCAUCCUUGGCAAUGUAUUCUGCUACAUGCUCCAGUCGAGAGUGGGAGGAGCUCCGAUGCAGCUCUUUGCCGGGGCACUCACCAUGCCCCUCACCAACAUUCCCCCCAACCAUGCCAUCCGGUUGUUCCUCAUCUUUUGGCUCUACUUCGGCCUGCUCAUCUGCUCGGCCUUUAAAGGAAAUCUGACCAGCAUGAUGGUCUUUCAGCCAUAUCUUCCGGAUAUCAACAGCCUGAGUGCUCUGGCAAAGUCUCACUACCCCAUUCUGAUCCGGCCCAGACACGUCAAGCACAUCCAUCACUUUCUCUCUCUGGGCCAUCAGUACGAGGCGAGGAUUCGGGAGCUUAUGAUGGCGGUGCCGGAUAAGGAGGUGUACGAUAUGCUACAAAGCAACAAUCGGAACUACGCCUAUCUGGAGAAAUACCACAUCGCCCGCUUUCAGGUCAACAACCGGAUACACAUGCACCUGGGACGCCCACUCUUCCACCUGAUGAACAGCUGCCUGGUGCCGUUCCACGCCGUAUAUAUCGUGCCCUAUGGAUCGCCCUACCUGGGCUUCCUGAACUCCUUAAUCCGGAGCUCGCAUGAAUUCGGUUUCGAACGCUACUGGGAUCGCAUCAUGAACUCGGCUUUCAUCACCUCGGGAACCAAGGUGGUGAAUCGACGACGUGGCAGGAGCAGCGAUGAUCCAAUCGUGCUGAAGCUGGAGCACUUUCACGCCGUCUUUUCAUUGUGGCUGGUGGGGAUUGGAAUAGCAUGCAUGGUGCUGCUCGGAGAACUCAUCACCCACAACUGGCGCAGGGUCGUAACAAAGCUAUUGCAUAAGCUCUCGGGCGGCGGCAUGCAACACGCAAAAAACGGAUUGGGGCACUAAUGUGACUAUUUACC